AUGACCGCCAACAGCGCAGACACCGGCCAGAGCCGGACGAUGAAGGCAUCCGAGUUCAAGGCAAAGUGCCUGGGGCUGAUGGACGAGGUGGCCGAGAACGGCGGCGAGAUCGUCAUCACCAAGAACGGCAAGCCCGUGGCCAAGCUGACCGCCUACCACGAACGGCCCAAGUCCCUGUUCGGCAUCGACAAGGGCCGGCUGGAAAUCCUGGGCGACAUCAUCUCCCCCAUCGAAGUCGAAUGGGAAGUGGAAGUCGACCCGGAUCGGGUGCUAAACCCGUGA